AUGGGCCAAAUUGCGAGUGAGCUGAAGAGUAGACCACAAGGGGCUCUGCCAAGUUCAACUGAACUUCCAGGCAACCCGAGGGGAUCAGGAAUGUACACUGCUUUAAAGAUUGAUAAAAAUGGACAUGUUAAAUUAUGUUUCAUGGCAAUUGGUGCAUCUAUUGAGGGAUGGAGGUACUGUAAACCUAUCAUAUCCGUUGACGCUUCCACACUAAAUGGUAAUGAUAAUAUUUUCCCCCUUGAGUUUUCUAUUGUUGAUUUUGAGAAUGAUGUAUCAUGGGAAUGUGUCUUAAGUGUGUUUAACAAUGUUGAAUACUAUGUGUGCAUUCAACACAUUCUGCGAAAUUUGAAGAAGUUGUUCAAGGAUCCUUUUAUUGACCAAUUUGAGAAGUGGUCACGUACAUAUUCUCAAAGAAUAAGGUAUGAAAUGAUGACAACAAACCCUUCAGAGUGUGUAAAUUCUGUUUUGAAAGAGAAUAGGAACUUACCGGUUGCAAGUUUACUCGACGCAAUUAGAGGUUUACUGAAAAACUGGUUUCAUGAUCGAAGGAAAGCUAGUUUUUCAAUGACAACAAUUUUGACUCCUUGGGCAGAGAAUAUAUUAUGCAGCCAACAUGAACAAUCAAGAAGUUUCAUGGUUCAUCCUAUUGACAACGUUCAAUACUCAGUAAUGGAUGGUGAUAAACAAUUCCUAGUAAAGCUUAAUUUGGGAUCUUGUAGCUGUCGAGUAUGGGAUUUUGAAGAAAUUUCAUGCUCUCAUGCGCUUGUUAUUCUUGAGCUGCUUAACAUGGAUAUUUAUUCCUAUGUGUCUAAUUAUUAUUACUCAAGCACGUUGUCAUGGACAUAUCUGGGUUGUGUUCGACCUAUUGGAGUCCAUUCAAAUUGGAGGGUUUUAGAUGAUGAUAUUAGAGCAUUACCUCCUAUUUUUAAACGUUCAGCAGGAGGACCUAAAAAACAAAGGAUUCCAUCUAAAAGUGAAGCUAAAAGUAGUUCAUUAAGAUGUAGUCGUUGUCAUUCUAAAGGUCACAAUUCUAGGACUUGCAAACUUCGCCUAAUUAGUCAAUGA